UUACCACCUCUUUUCACAUUUUCUUUCUUGGAAACAUACUGGAAAUCUAGUCAGUGAGCAGAUUUUACACUGAGCCUCCUGAAAUGUUGAAACUGAUCAACCUGGAGUUUGGGUGCUUGUAGCUGGUGGCAGCUCUGUUUCUUUUUUCUCUUCCCCUCUAUCAUCAGAGAACAAUCUAUCCAUGUGACUAUCAUCUGAUAUAGUGAUGACUGAAAGUAUUUUAUUUUCAUCGUUCAGGGGACAUGGUUUUGUUCUUAAAUCAAGUAUCAGUUGUUAGAGGUUCUCUUGAUUUAGUUCCCUUUAUGAUGGGUACAUGGACUCAUUUCUUGACUGCAUAGUUGACCGAUUUCUUUUGUCACCUGCUGGCAUGGUUGAUGAACCGCCAUAGAAGGAACUAGAAGCAUGAAGAAUUUGAGAACAACAUUCAGAAUGAAGAGAUUGUUUGAUGAUGCACUGUAGUUUGUAACUGAUAUUAGUCAUCGUGGAUAGCAGAGAGAUUGAUUUGUGCAUAAUAAGUUUUUCUCAUGGAGAUCUGUGCCGACUGUUUACCUGUUUAGAUCAUGGACUGGUUUUGUGACGUCAAGAAGGACAACACCCAGAAAUUAACAUUUUGAUAGUCCUUUUGUUGAGAUUUUUUUACCUAUUAGUGGGGGUAUAGCCAUAUUUAUAGUAAUCUGCUCCCAUGCCCAGUUCAAAAAUAUUUUGAUGCAUUUGACUGUACGACUGUUACCAGUUAUUUUCUGGAAUUGGUAUCUUGGUUCAUCAGAUGACAGAUAUGCAGCGUUACAAUCAUGAUGGAAAGAGAUUCAGGCCGUCCACGUGGAUUUGGGUUUGUCACAUAUGCAGACCGACGAGCGAUGGAAGAUGCUAUCAGAGAAAUGCAUGGACGGGAGUUUGGUGAAAGGAUCAUCUCUGUCAACAAGGCUCAGCCCAAAAUGGGAGGGGAGGAUGCAGACCGUGGCUUCAGGGGAGGCUACUCAUCUGGUGGCAGGAGAAGCUAUGGUGCAGACAGGCCUGCAGGACUAGAUGAAUGUUUCAAGUGUGGGCGAUCUGGACAUUGGGCCCGUGAUUGCCCUUCUGGUGGUGGUGCCCGAGGUGGGGUUGGAGGUAAACUUUCAUCACGUCACAGGUAUGGGGGAGCUGGUGGACGUGGAGACCACUUUGGAGGAGGUCGUGAUCGACACAUGGAUGACCGGUAUGAUGGAGGGCGUUAUGGAGAUAGGGACCGUUAUGACAGCAGAGAUAGCAAAUAUGGGGGCCGUGAUCGCUAUGUUAAUGACAGGUACCAACCUGGUGGAGAUCGUAUUGCAAGUGAUAGGUAUGGUGGUUCAGAUCGCUAUCCUCAGAAUGGUUAUGGCAAGGACAGAGGCUAUGAAAAAGAUGGUGGUCCACGCGGAGGCAGCGAUAGGUAUGGAAAUGGAGGAGGGCCAGCACGGGAUGACGGAAGAAGCUAUAGAAAUAAAACUGGUCCAUAUGACCGCCCAAACAAAGAUCGCCCUUCUUCCUUUGAUCGUUACUAAUUUAUGGGUCUUUUCUGUAACUUUUAGGUGUAAAACCUAUUUUAGGUAACUUGGUUUUUGGCUCUCUUUAAGUCAUGUAGGAUGGUGCUUUUGCAAUGAGCAGCAAGUUAGAUGAACUGCAAAAUUUUGAAUUUCCAAAUUUUUAUUUAAUUCGGAUUUAAUUUA